UGACAAGCUCGUCUGUCAAUUCAUCAAAAAUUAGGUAUACAACAUUUUUAAAAUACAAAAGAACCAAUGUAAAUUCUCUGCAAACUUAUCAAUGACUUCAAAAUGAAACACCGUAAACCGAAUAAACUUAAUGAGUCACCGUCACAUUUAAAUCGUCGCUUAAAGGGUUUAAAAAUACCAGCAUAUAAUGCUGAUAUUGACCAAAUAAUUUCGUUGGCCGAAGAAAAAAUCGCACCAAUUUUAAAAAUACUUGUAGAUAACCCAAAUGGUGCGGCCCACUAUAUUCACGUGAAAGAUUGUAGCAGAAUCGAGGAAUUUCAGGAGAUUAUAAGAGACUUGAUAAUUGCUUUGAGAAGUGUUGGUUUUCAAGUCAAUAUUCAGCUAAGAAACUUAGAUUUAGACAAUUAUAAAGAACAUGCAAAUUCUAAAGGACUGAUUUAUGUAGAUACAAUUUUGCUUUUGAAUAUUAUGGAACUAUAUAAUACACUUCAGAAUAUAAAAGAAGAACUAGAUGCUUUUUAUAGAUCUAUAGGCAUACACUCUUUCGUACAAACUGAGUCAGGAUUGCUAUCCCUUGCUAGUGUUGAAUCCGCUAAUCCUAACAAAAUUGUAUUUAAGCUUAGAAAAUCACCAACAAAAGGGAGCUCUCGGUUCGGUUUACUAUCAAGCGACUUCUUUGUAAUGCCAUCAUCAACAAGCGCAUCCGCCCCACUUAGUGCAUCAAAAUCCGAAGUUGUUGAAGGCUCCUUUGCAGAAGAUCUUUCUGCUUUACGAAGGAUCCAAUCAGCAUCAUCUGUAGAAGACCAGUUUGGGCAUGGCGUAAACGAUGUUUACAGAGCACGAAAAAUUUUAGUAAGAUGCAUUGGAGACUUACAAGACGUCAGUGACUAUUUGGGAAUGCCUAGAAAGGAUGCUGCUACAAUCUGCUCCUUGAUGGAAGUAGAAAAUGCUGGUACAUUCAGUGAAACUGAUCAUAGUAGAAAUACUGCUGACAAUACCAAUAGUAAAGGGAACUGUUGUUGUAAGGAGUGUUUUGCAGACUCUGCUGAUGGAGUACGACCAGAAUGUGAAGACGACCAAGUGAUAGUCUGCAUAAAAGGCUGCAACGAAGAAGAAGGAGAUGUUCAAAUAGUUAUUCGCCAGUGCCCAGAUUGCAAAAAGGGCAAUAAAAAUGAAAUGGCUCAAAAAGUAAAAGGGACUAACCAAUUAACUAAUACUAAGUCAGUUGCUAUGAGACCAUCAUUUUCUGUGGGUACUAGUUACAGUGACGUGCGGACGGGACCAAAAGAAAUAGAAUCUACCAUCCUUCAUAACAAAGACUCCAGAGGUAGUAUUGUCUGUAGUGAUGAAGAAGAUGAGCAAAGGGAUGUGGACUGUUCAAGAAUAAAUAUGUUUGAAACCACCAACUUGUGUCUUAAAACUGACACUGGCCAAGAACUCAUUAUUUCUUUAACUGUAACACCUAGAGAACUUGGAGCUGGAAAGCUUAGCCUUAGGGAUAUAUUUAGUGAAGACUUGGAAAAACAAUCUUCUUCAACCCAACCAAUAAAUUACUAUGUUGCAGACCGAUAUAUUCCGUUGGGUCGAACCAAAGUUUGUUCUUCAUUAGAAUUCGAUGUUGGUACAGCAGAUUCCAAAUUGAGACGACAAGGAAUAAAACACAAAGAUAACAAAAUUGUUGUUCAACUUGAAAAUCUUGGAACCGAUAACUUGCUAAGAGCAUGCAGACCGGCUAAAUGUUGCAGAAAAGCAAUUCUUAACGAAAGAAUGAAGAAGUGCCUUCCAUAUGCUCCAAGUAUUAGAUCGUUGCCUUUAGACGAUGAGGACAUGAGAGUUAUUAAAGAAUCAUUGGAAAUGAGCUUGCAAAAGGUUAAAAAUUCUAUUGAUAUAAAAAAGGAUCUUUACAGGAACAAAAUUAGAACUGUUAUGUAUUUUAUCGUGGAAGAGGAUAUUUCCAAAGAACAAAUAGAAUUUAUAUGGAAAAAGAAUUUUAUUCGAAAAAAAUUAAACUACUACAUAAAUCUUGUGAAUGAUUCACCAGUUGAAAUUAAAAUUUCAUAUAUUGUCUUGUAUUUUGGAGUGGAAAACGAAAUAGAGAAAGUCGUCAAAAAUACCCAUCUUAGAAAUAAUACUCCAAAUAGGGAGGAUGAAAUACCCAAUAAUAGGGUGUUGAAUAUAAAUAUCGCUGAUAUACAAUCUAUCCCAAUAAACUAUUUAAGAAGCUACGAUGAGACUCCUUUACCGAGCCAUCAAAAUUUCUUUUAUGACCGCAGAUCUUCGUAUUUACAAAACCUACAAAAGCCGGAAGUGUUAAGACAUGUGCCAGAGUCUAGUGUUUACAAGAAAAAAACAUUUGUUAGUAAAAUACCAGUUUACCAAGGAAAGAAGAAGGUUGAUUUGGGAACUGAAGCCGCUGCUGCGAAGACAUCUUGGCCAAGAGAUUUGAUUUAUAAACCUAGUUUGGAUUCAUUACCAUCACAAAACGUUUUGGAGAAAAUGUCAGAAGAUUUUGGAUUUAGUAAAUCAUCUUUAAAAGUCAACGAUACGAGUACAAGCAAUAACUAUCCACAAACUAAAAUCAUCAGAACCGAUUACCGUUUAGGUUUACGCAAAAAAGAUCUUAGAGGCAACGUAUGCUCGCAAAUCGUGAAUAAAAAACCUAAGCUAUUUUCAGAAUCGUUCCUUGAAUUCAUAAACAAUAUUCCCAAAGAAGAGAAGAAUGCCACAAAUUUGAGCAAACAAUUACAGAACAAGUUCUCUCCGCAGUCCAGCACUGGUGACAGCCUGAAAAACCAUGUAUCAUCAAAGUGUUCCCUAUCUAGUUCGAACAGUAGAAAUAAAAGAAAGAAGAAAGAGUUUUAUCUUGCUAGAUCGAAAUCUGAAAUAUCCAUGACCAGCUUAAAACGGUUCACAUCAAAACCAAAGAAAUGUAAGCCUCUAGUAAAACCUCUUGCAAAAGAUACACUGCAGAUACAAUCAGAAAAAAGAUCGAAAAAAGCAAAUGAAGACGCUUCAUCUUGUACCAACAAAUCAAAGGCAUCCAAGAUUUUACAAGAUGAGGAAUAUGUUUCUAGAGUAGUUUUAAACUAUUUCUCAAAAGCUUUAUAUAAGAUGAUUCUUGAGAAAGUUAUGAAGGGAAAAUUGGAAAAAGAACUCUCAAGAAAAGCAUUAAAUGUGGGUGUUGGGACAGAUAGUACCAGUAUAGAUAGUAGAAGUUUACAUGAAAUUUACCGGCGUACAGUAAAUGACUUAUCAAGACAUAAGAACACAAAGAUUUCCCACCAUGAGCUGAAAGCCAAACAGUCUCAAAUAUGUAUCGCCGUUCCAUUUUUGACAAACCGGAACCAUCCCAGCAGUCUUUGCGUCUUUAACAAUUUAUCAUUGCAAACUUCAAUCAUUUUUGGCGAUACAAAAACUUGCCAGACUUCGGACACUUUGCUGGCUUAUUUAUUUCAUUCGACCAAUUGGCAAACGGACAAUUUUUUAAAAACAUAUCAAAGAAAUUGCCAGCAGGACGUUCACUACUUGGUAAAUGAGUUCAAAAGCGAAGAUUCACUUAGUUCUACGGUUUCUGGCCCAGGACUAAUUUCACCCUACUUAAGCGGUUUCGUCACUGAAAGCGAGGAUCCCGACUCGUUAGAUCAAUCACUGAUCCAAUUAAAAGACACUUUGGAAAAGUACGAAAAUGUUAAACACCAGAUCGCUCAAAAUAACGAAACUGUUAACCCGAUAGACUAUUUUGUGUACCAAAUGUGUGCAUGUAACGGUAAGUUAAAUAAGAAGCCAUCAAUGAUGCAGAAACUUUUUGGUAAAACAAAAAUGCUGUUUUCUUCUGUCGAAAAGGACCUUUGCAAGAAGUUUGAAAACCAGAGGAAGUUUUUCAAUAUGUCUUCACAAGAUCGAGCAGAUUUAUGCUACAGUUGCGGAUGCUUUAUUUCAAAAUGCGGAGAUGGAAGAGCCGCAUUAAACACAGACAAUAUACUUUGUAUGUGUCCAGAUGAAUACAAGACGAAAAAAAUCGGGAUCAGCCCUUACUGUUGCAAGGAAAAAACAAAAACGGUUGCAAAAAAGCUUUCUUCUAAAUUACAGUCAGCUUCGGUAUCUUCCUUAAAAACGAUGCAAUCAUGUUUCAAAAGAUCAAUGGAUGAAUUAAUCAGUCACGGAAUAAAAGUAAAAAAGUCAUUAGCCAAGGUAAGAAAUAACAAAACUACGCAAAAGGAUAGUGGUAAUAUUACGAUUUGCUACGAUCCGACGAUGAAAACUGUUGUGUGCGAAAAGAAAAGUGCUGCCACUAGUACCACUAAAGAUAAUGGGACUCAAAAAUGCGCUUGUGGCAAGUGUGACAGUUUAUUGGAAGACGGUACAUGUUGCUGUUCGCACUGCCUAGGAUGUUUGGAUAAAAGCUUCAAUACAAACGUAGACGAUGAAGAAAAUAUUGCUGUUGCAGCCAAUGGAUCAACACAGACCAAUGAGGAUCCUAACAAAAAUAAUAAAUCUACUGGAAAUAAUCAACCAAAUGUAAGCAAUGUUGGUACAGAUCACAAACAGGAUUCACAAGUAAACACAGAUCAGAUGAGUAAUAACAAAAGCAUUGAUAAAAGCUUAAAAGGAAGUAAGGACAAACCAACUAGUGCCAUAAAUAAAAAAGAAAGUAAAUUUGGCAAAAAACAUACUUCAAUUGUUAACUCGGUCUCGAUAACCAAUUCAAAUCACAUGUCAAGUGAUACUAAAGCUCAUAAUGAAAGUUCUAACACUAAAGAUCCAAUUACGAAUGACGAAGGUUACCUAACUAAAGAAGAAUCUGUGGUUGAAGAAAUAAAUCCAAAAGUGGGCACUUCUUUUAAUGCUCCGCUCGCCACAAGUACACCGAAUAACUCGCAAGAAAAUAUCAUUUCAACUCCUGAAAAUCAGGCACCUGAUGAAACAGAAGAUGACAUACCUGAAAGUCCUAAUGUUGGUAAUAAUAAUACUACUUAUUUUGUAUUGACGCCAACGCCUCAAAUGUUUCAAUCUCUCGGUUUUGGUAGUGGGAACCCAUUCGAGUCAUUUGCGUUGGGUUUCCCGCCCGCUAGUUUGUUCCAUAUUAAUCAACCUGAUAAUGGUUUUAACCGAUAGUAACGUUUCAAGUCCCGAUUGGUGAAGGUUUUUACCGCCUUGUUCAAAUAAACGAUUUUUUGUUAAUUA